AGCGCAAGUUUAUCAGUUGCGGUAAAAUGAGGGCGCGUGUGUUUAGUUUCCAUAGAAACCACCUAGUAGUACAAACGGUGUUGUUUUAGUGUGGAGGCUGCAAUGAAUGGAUAAAGAUGUAUCGUCCUAUGUCUGCCCAGACGAGGAACGAACACGUCAUGCGGAUGAGCGCCUCACGAAGGCUCUACAAUGCUACUGAUUCUCUAGAAAAACUUCGACUCCUCUGCCUGCAAAGGGGAUCAACCGGUAUACUUGCUAUAUCCAGGUUGUUCAGACGAAUGGAUGAUAAUGGCAACGGGAUGUUGAGCCUAGAAGAGUUCAGGAAAGGUAUUUACGAGUCCGGGAUGUCGGCUGACGAAGCAGACGAACUCUUCCACAGAUUCGACGUCGACGAAUCCGGUCUCAUCAGCUACGAGGAAUUCCUACGUGCUCUCAGGCCUAAAAUGUCUGGGAGCAGAGUUGAGAUUGUGGAGAAGGCCUUCAAGAAGUUGGACAGAACAGGUGACGGAAUAGUGACCUAUCACGACCUCAAAGAUGUCUACAAUGUCCACUACCAUCCAUUCUACCAGAACGGUCAAAUGUCAGAAAAAGAACUUUUUCUCAGGUUUCUUACCAACUUUGAGGUCGGCGGAAAUCCAGACGGAACAGUAAGUUUUUUUUUUCUUCUCUCUUUCACUGCACAGGCAGAAAUAGAACGAAUAAAACAGCAAAAAAAUAUAUACUACAAAAGCACGUUUAUUCAGGGAUUAUUUACAGUUAUUUUUUUUCUAACUUUUCAAAACAUUUUGAUGGUUUCAGUGCGGUUCAUGAUGGUCACCAUUAUCCAACAUUUUCCAUUAUGCGUUCAUGGUUUAGAUAUGCCAACAAAUUUCCAUCAUUCCAUGCUGGAAAAUGCUACUUUAAUACUAUGAUGGUUAACCAUCAAGAGAAAUUUGAUUCUCUUGAUGGCUAACCAUCGAGAGAAGUUUGAUUCUCAUGGACCAACAGCCGAUAACGAUCGGUGAUGGUCCAUGAUGGUUCGAACUAUGCACUUCCAUGAAUAUAUAAGGGAAAUUCGUUUGAUUCUCAGGACUAUACAAUCAAAAAUAUUUACCCCCACAAUCCAUCAUGAUUCCAACUAUUCUUUUUCUUGAUGGUUUACUGGGAAUUCUUGUUGAUUCUCAGAAAUAUACUAUCAAAACAAUUUCGUUCUUUUUUUUUAUGUUGGACCAUAAUAAAUCAUUCCAAAUUCCUACAUUGUUAUGAUGGUGGUUCAUGAUUGUGCCAACAUUUGAUUUCUAAGAUACUAUGAUGGAAAUUCGUGAUGGUUAAACAUGAACAAACCAUCAAAUCAAGUUGCUCUUCUAAUGUUGGACCAUCAUGAAUUGGACAGAAUUCCUACAUUGAGGUGAUAUGUUGGUAACCGUCAAAAAAUAUAAUGGUUCAUGAUGGAAUUAUAGAUGGCUACCAUCAAGAGUGCAUUGGUCCAUCAAUUGGAAAAUCAUCGGAAAUUUUUACUUGGAUUUACUCCUCGUAAUGGUUCGAUAUGAGCAACUUUUGCUAUAUGGGCUCAAUGCUGCCGAACCGCCAUCUGCUAAAAAAAACUCUGGUACCUCCUGACGACGUCAGCUUCGG